UCCCUUUCCUUUUCUGCUUUGGACCGAACAAUACGGAAUUUUCGAGAUUGUAGUUGAAACUGUAGAAAUAACGCAACAUGCCACGAGAAAUAAAAGAAGUUAAAGAUUUUCUUAAUAAAGCACGUCGUUCAGAUGCGCGUGCUGUGAAAAUCAAGAAGAAUCCUACGAAUACUAAAUUCAAGAUCCGCUGCUCGCGCUUUUUGUACACGCUAGUGGUACAGGAUAAGGAAAAAGCGGACAAAAUUAAGCAAUCUUUGCCCCCAGGAUUGCAAGUCAAGGAGGUCAAGUAGUGCUUCGUUCGUAUCCGAAUCAUCACGAGCAGUGCAUAAAUUCGAUUUGUCUGGAUUCAAAUACUUCUUUAAAUAAAAUCGAUUUUUAAAAAUAGCAAACAAAA